AUGUUGGUUGAAGUAGAUGAGUAUGAAACCGGAUGGGAAACAAAUAGAUUAGAAUUGAUAUUGCUUGUAACAUUGAAGACGAAGCUCGUAACGGCAAAAAUCAUUGAUACUAUAAUCGACGAGCAGCCAUUGGCUAUUUUUUCGCUGAAUAAGGUGUUGCCGGAGGAAUUGUUCAAGUUAGCUCCUACGCCUGCACCGGCACCGGCACCAGCUCCUGAGGCUGAUGCUGACUCUUUGGCCCCUUCCAAGAAAAAGCACAGGUCUCCGCAGGUGCCCGCUACUCCAUUUGACUCAUUGGCUGAUGCACCUGACGAAGAUGCAGUGGAUCAUAUUGCGGACAAUAACAAAGCCGUUGGAUAUAAUUGGGGAAGAUUUGUGGUAGUAAUUUUCGCUCUCUGGUUUGAUUUGUGA